UAUAAAGAGAAUUACACUGCUGCAGCUCAACUGCAACGUGCUUCUCGCCGGUACAAUAAGAACCACACCACUCUUUAAACAGGUACCCGCAUUAACGCUAAAACAAAGAGGGGAUUAUAAAUGCAAUAUAUUAUGAACAAGUUCUUCAUUCUGUACUCGACAUUCAGACUGGUUGAAAAACAAAUCUACUGUGGCGGAACAAUAGGUACAACAUUAGGAGUUAUACGUUUUUAAGUUAACACAAUGCGGUGAUAGUUUUUGUACAUUGGAACACAAUAAAUAAACUUGCAACAAUGCAACGUUUUCCACGCUUUAACGAAGGGCACCAUACUCUGAUUUCAAAUUUAACAGGCUUGGAACACGACUGGACUGCGGUCUAUGAUGCUGUACGAUGGAUCCAGUUUAUCAUGGCUAUUUUAAGUAUCUUAGGUUCAGGCUCUAUCAUUACUUAUGCUGCAUUCCAGAAUUUAAUCAAGACUCCAGAGAUCCGGCCCCUCUUCUACCUGAGCUUCACUGACCUGCUGCUGGGGGUCAGCUGGCUGGUUGGAGCUGUGUUGUACAGAGAACCUCUGGGCAGUCAGAACAUCGCCUGCUACAACCUGCAAUCCAUAGGACAUAUAUUUUACAUGGCUUCCUUCUUCUACACUAUAAACUACACCUGGUUCCUGUACACGGAUUUAAAGAAAAAGUACAACAGGACAGUGAAUGGCUUCUCUCAAGUGGGUUCAAACCAUGCAUAUCGAGUCAGCAGGAUUGUGACAAUUUUAUCAGGUGUGAUCCCUGUUUUCCUCAUGGCUCCGGUGUUCUGGGGUGGCAAUGUUGCAAAGUGCUACCAGAACUUCAGCCAGCCCUACAAAUGUCUUCUGAUGCACACUGGGACCCUGGAGCCUGCCACAGGCUGCAAUGAAGAUGACACCAAGGUCUGCCACGCCAUGCAUUACUAUGGCAUCAGUGUCUUCCUGCUGACUUUCUUCUGCACGUUCACAGGCAUCGUGGUUUUGCUGGUGAAAGCUCGCUCGCUGUACAAGCGCUUUGUGAACUCCAGUGGGUUUCUGGGAGACCAGCAGUGGGUGAACAUCAGUGUGAUCGAGCGCAGGGUCAUCCUCUACCCCACCGCUGCCUUCUGCUGCUGGGGGCCAGCUGUAGUUCUUGCGACAGUGAAGCUGUUUAACCCAGCUGGCCAGGAGAAGUUCUAUGUGUCCCUCUACAUUCUUCAGGCGUUCACCUCGGCCUCACAGGGCAUCCUGAACUGCUUCGUGUACGGCUUCACGCAGCACAUGUUCCACUUCAUGAAGAAAAAGACGUCCCGGGACGUCGACACCCAGACCCCGUUACUGCGCUCCCAGAAGAAAUGCUACGCCUCUCGCCACUCCGUCAGCACAGGCUCCUCCCAGACAACAGGCUAGGCAAUGUUUACCCAGUGAGGGUCGGCAACGAUCAGUGAUGAUGCGUAGAUUCUGGAAUCUUCAGCAUCAUUCCAACCACAUAAGUGCGAAAAGGUGGACAUAAUGUCCUGUUUAAGGGUGAUUCUGUACCUCAGGAAAACGCAGCAGUGCCACUUCCUAAUACUUCCUUUCGCAACCAUUCUGCAUGAAACAGGACUUGAGCUUUGUCCCGCAGUGUCCUGAAUUGUUAUCACUAUCAAACCGUGGGAGGUGAGUCAUUCUGCAUUGGGGCUGUGAUGUCUUUCCCUAAUACUCUGAACAGUACAGUCGGUUCUAUUGAAGGAAUCUGUUUUUAUGUACAUUACUUUGUAUGCAUUGACAUUAUUUUUGUGUCUUUUUUAAUGCAAAAUAGACCUCGUGCUGCUGCUGUUUUAUUAUAUGUUGAUAUUAUAACUGGAAAGGGUAACUACAUUGCAGCUAGUCUUACUCUGUUUUUGCAAUAUGCAAUUCAAGUACUUACAGCAAAAUUAUACGAUCAUAUACGUUAAUGUAUAGAGUUCCAUCCUCCCAAUCACAGAAGCGUGUGCUACAUGCAUGUACUAAAUAUUAGUGAGUACCGUCAGACUGUGUGUAGUUCUUAACCUGGAUUUUGCAGUCAGCUUUUUGAGUAUUUCUUGUACAGCAGGAUUGAAAAGAUUUGAGAAUACUGUUCAUGUGCUUGGUUUUUAUUUAUUUAUUUUGAGAUAAAGGAAUAUAUUUGUUCCUCUUUUUGGGAACUACAUAUUUUUAAACCCCCUUGUAAAAACAAAUGCCUUCCCCAUGUCUGCAUAUCAUUGUCACUUCUGACUGGGGAGGAGUUACAGUUUGUGAAUCUUUUAAAGGCUGAGCUGUACAUAAAAACAUAAUACAUUAAAAAAAGACAUCAUGAAGUGAGUGGACAAUUUGUUAUCAUUAACUUACUGUGACCUCUUUGUCUGCCCUCAAUGUACAGCCUUCACAUUUUCAAUUGUGCCCAAGUCACUGUAACCUAGAUUCUGACUUCCUCGAGAAUGUGUGUUAAGAAAUGAUCAAGUUUCACAACACUUCAAGACAUGGUUCUCAAAAUGUAGGUCAAAAAAUGUUAAAUGCAUACACAAUGUCUGUGACCUACAUUCACAGUGUGCAGUGUGCCUGUUUCUGGGGGACCUGCAUCCCUGCUUAGAAUAUUUCCAUUGCCUUAAAACAUUUUACAACACUGUGCUGGAAGACUGACCAGCUGGGAAAUAAAACUCAAUUUUUUCAAAAGGAGAAACAGCAGUCCUCUGUAAUCUCAUGCCUUCCUGUUUUGAAACAGAUUUAUGCCUCUGGGACAGAUCUGAAUGGUCAGUUAGUUUGCCAGGCAUUUUAUGGGCAGCCAUAAAUAGAUUAAAAGCAGAACCAGGACUUUUUCACAGGAAACAAUUUCACUGAAGAUGUGUCCCUAGUUGCUCCGGUGUACUGUUGUGAAGGUAGAUCAUCAUAGUUGAUUAGUCCCUUCUCACCUGGUGAAUUGGUUACAACUGGUCCAAAAUGCAGCUGCAUGAAUAUUGACUGGUACAAAAAGCACUGAGCAUAUUCCACCCGUUUUGGAAAUUUUUCACUGUCUCCCGUCAAGUUUCGUAUUGCAUUUAAGAUCUUACUCUUGGCAUGUAAGGCUGUUCGGGGAAUAGGGCCUACAUAUAUAUCUUAAUUGCCUCAUCCCUAUAUUCCUAGACUACAUCCUUCAAGUUUUAAGUAACUGACCGUUCUCUUAUUCAGCUGUGUCACUCUGGGAGGUCAGAGUUUUUCUACUCCCUCCCUCUGCAAUUCCCUGCCUCAGAAACUCUGACGCACGAGGAAUUUAAGUCAUUAUUAAAAACGUACUGUUUUUUCAAAACUUAUGAAAGAUAGACGUUUUCUAUUUUAAUUGUUAGUAUUUGAAUUGCUAUAAUUAAUGUUUUCAUUUUUUGCUUGUUUUAUAGAGCGC